AUGGAGCAUGUAUCAACGCUAUGUGCCAUUAGCACUCUCGGUAUCGCAGCGACCGGUUUCGCGUUUGGUCGCGUGGAUCGAAGCCCAUCCAAGCCCAGCAGGUCCCGAAAGAGGGACGUCCCGCUCCAUGAUCAAUAUGCGGCGGCAACAGACAUACCGGUUUCUCCAAUCUCAAAUUGGAUACGCCCGGCAUUGCACAGGCCAUUGGCGACUGCAGCUGCGGAGCCCCCUCUCGAAGCAGAAGUUUCGAAAGGAGGGCAGGAUGAACUCUCAAACACAACACAACCGGAGGUAUCGAAACAUUCGAGGAAGCCGUCAUUCGCAGGUAUCAGACUGCGGCGUCGUGGACAAACGUUGGCUGGCCCCCCACUAUUAGCGAACGGUAGCCCAUCUACCGCCUCGCAGUCUAUUCGGCGGCCAUCAUCCUCCUGGGUGCGACGGUUUUCAUUCCAGCCAGAAAAGCGUAGCUCAUGCCAAUCGCAUAUUUGUGUAUCACCCAAUGGGCCAUCUAGUCCGGUCAGUCCCCGGGCAUCUACGCAGCGCAUGUUUCAUAAACUGGUCAGGCGGCCUUUGUCGCAGCAUGCCGACAUCGAACCGUCGUUGGCCACCGCGCCAUCAACUCCGGUAACUGUCUGUUUCCACAGGCCUGCUACCAGCUAUCAGCAAGUGGAAAAGGUUGGUCAUAAGGCGACACACAGCCUGAAUCUUGAAUCGAACUUGGUCAUGUGCUCUCCAAUCAUCUCUGAAAAUGCAAUUGCGCCCUCUGAGGUUCAUGCGUGGCGACCCUACAUAAGUGCUACCCUGGAUGGACUGUCGGAAAGAGUAGCUCGCAGGUUCUCCACAGCGACAAAGCCAAGAGAUCAAGGACUGCGACGAAUAGUACCGGAUAGUGACUAUGUCCCAGCGCUAAUCUUGGCUACCUCUAUCACAGCGAGGCAACCUGCAACGACCAGUAGCCCAAUUGCAUCAAACCCUGGCUCACCAGUUCGGUUUCGUGACCCAUUCAACUCUGCUAAUAGUGCUGCCCAAUCGCCUGAAGAUCACAUACCACCAGAAAGGGCAGAUUGUGGCUCAGUUUCUCUUGCUUUGGACACAGAUCCUCGAGGCCUCUCGACAUCUUCCAUUUUCGCAUUCAACUUCAAAAGCACUGACCACAGGUCAGGGGUCUUUUCGAAAAGACGGGCGAUCUCGACGCCCCUUCCUUUUGGUAUGAACACGGAAGGAACUAUCCUACUGUCUAACAAACGCCGCGGGAGGCGUAACAUCACGGACCCGGCGGUUUUCAGCCGCCCGUCGCCGACUCCGCAAACAGCGAUUCCCAUGUCGUUGAUGACAAACAUGUUAGGGACACGACACAGGGCCCUACCAUCAUAUUUUCCAGAUUUUAGAUUCGACAUGACUCAUCUCCAGGAUGUCGGUGCACGCCCUCUUACGUCAGACGCUGUUCCACUAUCCAGAUUCCAGCAUUCAAUUCGUCAGCGGCCCAAGCGACAUUCCAUAGCUACAUCAGAGCUCGCUUCCACGAUACUCGGAUCUGAUGAAACGAAUGUUUUCACCUCUGGUGACGAGGAUGAAACAGACUUCCUAAGCGAUACGGCUUUUGACUCAAUCCGGACACAUGUGACCACCAACAGCAACCAGGCUCUUUAUGCGCCUCGAAUUGAAACCAUUUUCGACGCCCCUUCAGUAGGUUCGAGAGGGGGGAACACCCUGAAGAGUGCGCGGUCAGACAUAUGUCCUUCUAGCGUGUUGCAUUAUCUGUCUGGACCCGACUGUGACUUGGACGCGGCGCCCAACAACAUGCCAUCCCCAGUCCCCACCGUGCCGCGAGACCUCCACGAAGAUGAAAGCAAUAUAUCCUUUCCGUCUGAUCUCACGGACGAUGAAGAUGCGCGCAGCUUAUUGGCAGCGCUGCCGAGUGAAACCGUUGGACCCGUUUGCCAGGCAAGAACGAGUUUGAACAAUCAGUAUCAUCUGAAUAACAUUCAUCUCGCAAGGACCUCAACUACUACUGUCCAAUUAGAGCCGCCGGUGCUAUCGGGUUCUCGCAGCCUCCACCACGAGGUCUUCGACACUUCCCUGAAGAUGAACAUCUUUGACUGGUCUGAGCAGCCUAAAAGCGACCGUGAGGGUACCGGAACAGACGGGCGUCCUCGGACGGUUCACGGAAAACAUACGCCUGGCUCCCGUGGCAGCCGCGCACACGGAAGGAAAGCUCCGAGCACGUUACACCUUCGGAGUCAGAGCGUUCCCGUAACCAGAGAACCGACAAGCAAUAGCGAACAGCGCCAGGCAUCUGGUAGCAAAUUCGGGACUUGGGGUCUGGGAACUAAAGGUGUCAGUGAAGACUGGGAUAGCGAUUUCGAUUUCGAAGAUUCUGAGGAGGUUUCAGCCACCGAGCCUAUUGAAUCGAGCAAGAACAUUCCUCGGCGCAGCAUGGUUGUUCCUCCAGCCAUACUGGAACGUCAAGCUAGCCUCCAUGGACAGUUCGGACAGGUCCAGGAACUGACAAUGCUGGUUGAAGAACUUAAGCGCCUUCGGCACCAAGGAAGUUUCCUGAACCUCGUUCGAGGUCCAUCUUGUGAGCUCUGGAAGGAGGCAGAAGGUAUCGUGAAUCUAGCUACGCUGGAUGACGAUGACCGCAAUGACUCCCCGCCUGGGUCGCCGUCAUCACUCACUUUCAGCUUCGACGAAUCAGAAGGCGAUCCUUCGAAUUCCAAUGACCCGUGGAAACCAGUCAGUGGAGGUUCUUGGGGGUUAUCAUUUUCGGAUAACACAAAGACUCGCCCUACUACUGCUCCUAGUCAGGAUUGCAGAGAUGCUCCCACAAAACGGAACUCUGUGCUGGAUCUAAUCUAUCAACAGCGCAAUGCAAACGGAUCUCCACACACCAACCCCCAUCUUUCACGCUGCAAGAAACUCCCAUUUGAUACACAGUCUCUUCGCGACCUCGUUGUACGCGCUGGUGUUGUUACGCGUGCACUGAAAGAGGAAAUCCGCAGAGCCGAUGGUGUCACCACCGAGCCUAGUGACGAAUAUCCGUCAGAUCCUCCAUUCAGUAGGAUGUUUAAUCGAACAUACAAUGGCAAUGCAACCCUCCGGACACCCUCUGGAUGA